AUGGAUAUCUCCUGGGGACGCAGGGACGUCAUCCAUGCCGUGGAAGGGGCACAGAAGAUGAAAACGUGCCACAAAGCCAAGAUAAGAAAGGAACGGGAUGCAAGAUCGCUGCUGGGGCAAGACGUCCGGCCACGCACGAGUGAACCUCGAUCGCUUAUCGUGACUCUCAAAAGGUUGAUUCGAAGACUCCGCCGCCGAUGUGGCAAACUCCAAGAGCUCUUGCGGUGGGAGGCCAAGUUUCGUUGGCACUACGGGAAGUCCCCUCCCGAAGUGGCGGUGUGUUCCACGCGAUCUACCAGAAAAACUCUCCUCUCGGAGCAGCAGGAGCUUAGGGUGGUGCUGGCGCACCUUCGAGCGAUGUCGUUCGACACGGUUAAAGCUGUGUCCGAGUGGCGGACGACGUUCCUUGGGUCCGGAAAACCAGGGUAUCGUCGCAUGCACCCUAGCGAAUCAGCCCUGGUUCGGUCCAACGGAAUGACGAGAUUCCUGGAAUCGCCCGCAGAGUUUCAGGAACAUGAUCAUGAUAUCGGUAUAGUCUACCGUGGCGACGAAGAAGGGCACCUUCAAGGCAACAAGCAAAGGCACAGCCAGAGAGAACACCCGGGGCUUAUUGACGCUUCGCCGGAGGGACAACAAGCCGGACUCAAGCGCCGCAGCAGCGCAGCCGAGAGCAUGCACCACCAUGAACCACACGACGUUCGCGAUGAGGACGAUGACAACGCACUCACGCGGUCGAUAACCGUCCCUCGGCCUUUCGUCGGCAAGAACGACAGCAACCCGGCCCCUGUGUUCCUCUGGAAGGGCCACAACUACCUCACCAAGCUGGCUCAUGAUCUAGAGUUUCUCGAUGACGCUGACGAGUCCGCUCCGGUCUCCGCUUGGCUUGGCUUCUCGGUCCGAGACAAUCCGUUCCUCAUCCCUCCGAACGGGCUCAACGUUUGCGAGGAUCUGCGACGGCAGCGCGAGGAGCGUCGUGAGGAGGCGGCCGUGCGGCGACGGCAGCAACAGCAACACCAGCGCUCUGGGGGCACAGGCAACGGGCAGAGACGCCUGUCGCGCUCUCGGUCUCGAUCCCGAGCGAACAGCGACGACGACGACGACGAUAAACACCGACGUACGUCCGCCAGCGGCGAUGUCUCUGCACCUCUGCCUCGCGGGCAAAGCAAACAAGAGCGAGAACAAGGCCGCGAUCCCGACAGCGACAUCAAGGGUCGUGAUGCACGGCCAAAGCCGAUGGUGCUAACGCCGCAGCAACAGUCGGCGCCGCCCAUGGCGGAUGCAGACGCGAACGACGAAGGUCGGCAGCGAAAAUCAGAAUCGGCAACCGAAAACGUGGUGACGACCAGCCCGUUGUUGCUGGUCACCGAUGAUCAACGCGAUGGCGUGGAUGGUGGGGGUGGAAUUUUUGUCACCGAGGGCGUGGCGAGGAGCGCUUUUUCGACGGCGGCGGCGGCGGAAGGCAGCCUCCGCUCGGCGUCAACGUCGGUCGAGUCUCCGCUUUUCCCGCCGGGCCUGGGGUACUCGGACGACGAGAACACUAUCCCGCACCAGCUGUCAACGGACGAAGAGGAGGAGCUGCAGUGGGCGGGAGGAGGGCGCCUCGACCUGCCCAUCGUCCCCAAGCUUCACGAAUCGGUCCGCUCCAAAGCCCUGGCCGCGGCGCAGGUGCUCCGGAGCGAGGCCGCGUCCGAACAAGCGCUCACGUCGAGCGCCCGGGCGAUCCUCUCCAACGCCAGGCGCACGGAAGGGAUCUUGCACACUCCGGAGAAAGAUUGCUCCUUCAGGAUGGAGUCGCUGGCCGAGCGGAGUGUCAGGGAGGGGCUCAGAGGCGCGCUGGUGGACAGGCACGUCGGCGCGACAAGGCUAAAGUGGUCACCGUCGUUGUUGAAGUCCUCCUCUUGUGUGAUGAUGGGAAUGUCGCCGUGCUGUAGGGAGGAAGAGAGGCCUCCGUUCGUUCGGUCGGUGUCCACGGCGCCCGCGAGGGGCGGUGGCCGUCCAGGGCUCGCCGUGAUUUGCUCCGGCGCCGCUGCUGCAAGGGGUCGGGCGGGCGCGGCGCGGCUAGGCCACCGCCGAGCGUUGGCGGCUUUCGGCAGCAGGGGCGGCGGCGGCGGUAGCAGCAGGGGAGGGGUGCGUGUCUCGGUAGAUGGGCAUCGCGAGGCAACGGACGGGGCGAUAGCUGGAGCGGGAAAAGGAAGCAGCGAUCCCUCGCGAUGUACCCAGAGCGUACCUAGAGACGGCAACAACACGAAUAACCGCAACGAAAAGGGAAAGCGUGCGCCGCUGCCCUCCUCCCGAUCGCAGUGCCUCGAAAGCGGCACCGGAUCUGAAACGUCCACGACGAGGCUGGGCGGGACUAAUGAGGGAACCGCCGACACAACUGCUGUGUCCGCCGCUCCUCCCGGGGACCGGUCCACGACCUCCUCUUCCCUCCAGGCAAGCUCCUCCACCAUGUCAGCCCGGGCGCGAGCCAAGGCGCUCGCGGUCCGCCCCACCGCCAGGCGCCGCCCGUUCUGCCGGAACGGCGGCGGCAGGGUAAUCAUUCCAGACCCGGGGGUAUCCCCGGAUGUCCGUCGCCGGGCGGCGGCGCGGAUCCAGGCGGCGUUACUGGCCUUGUGCGCGAGACGGUACGUCCGCGGGCUGCGGGACGACCGCGAUCGCGCGGUACGGUUGAUUUGGCGAAACUGGCGCAGGUGUAGGGCCAAGGCGGACAUGCGCACCGCGAGACGCCUGAGGCGCGCCGAGGGCCUGCGGCGGGUAGCGGAGGAAAGGUCGAGGAACCGCGCCGCCCACGUCGUCCAGACGUUCUUCAGGGACGUCAAAUACAGACGGGAAAGGGACCGACAUGAAAUGUCUCUCCGGGGGGAUCCUGGAGCCCUAGCAAGCCAGCUGCGGGAGGAGACCGCUGCGAUCGCAGUGCAGGUUCACGUCCGUCGACUCAUAGCUUCCAAGAGAGUGAGGGGGGUGCGACACACUCGACGCGCGCAAGCUCAGGCCCGCAUCGCUCUUGCCGUGCGGCAUCGAGCUGCGCGCAUCCAGCAGAGAGAGAGAGAGCAGCGAGAGGAGCAAGAACAACGAGAGCGAACAGGAGGAGGGGAUCAAGACGUCUCCUACUACCUCGAGAUGGCAACGAUGAGAACAAAACCUUUGUCGCUUCAGCCUGACGAGGCGGCCACGCGAAUACAGGCCUGGCGACGCGGGGUCUACUACCGACGAGUUGCUGGCGUAGCGGCAGCCCAAGCCGCGCGGCGGGUAAGAACUCGUCCGUUUCUUUCUCCCUCAGGUGCUGGAUAUGCACGUCGUGCCUCGUAA